AUGCCUAAAUCUGCCGAUUUCAACGAAGAGCGUAUGGCAAAGGCCUUCGCAGUCGCUAUGCGCAAAAAAAAACCAAAUUUCUCCAAAAUUGCGCGUGAAUUCGACGUGUCGCGCGAGACCCUAUCGAAGCGCGUCAAAAAGGCCAAAUCGCCUCCUAUCCCACAGGAUUCGCAGAGAAACGCUCUUCGUGCCUUCCAGGAGAAAGCUUUGAUCAAUUGGAUAGCUAAAAUGCGCGAUUGGAACCUUCCUCCUACCGCAGCAGUGAUAGAAGCGUGGGCGAAUCGUGCGAUCGCACGAGCGGGAGAGCCAGAGAGGCAGGUUAGCAAGAUGUGGGCGUAUCGCUUUAUAGCACGUCUUCCAGCGCAUCUAAAUCUAGCUCCUGUGAAGCAAAAGACUAAGGAAUUAAGGCGAAUCCAAGCCGAAGAUGCAGGCUUCCUUGCGCAUUGGUACCAUAAGCUAGCAACUCUCCUUGAUGAGGUGCCCUCGCGGCUAGUAUACAACUUUGAUGAAUGCGGUUUCCAACCUGGCCAGGGCCGAUCGAGGAAACUAAUGGAUCCGCUCUUUAUCUUCAAAAGUAGCGGAUCUAACUUCAUGGAAGCCUGGUACGAUGGUAGCGAAGCCUUACCACUUAACACAGGCACUGCAAUGUCACCAAAUGGCUAUAUUUCUGAUGAAUUAGCACUAGCUUGGCUAGGCUACUUUAUUACUGCUACUACCGACCGUGUGAAUUCAGGCGAAAAGCGAUAUCUUAUAUUCGACGGGCACGGCGCACAUCUUACUCUCGAAUUUCUCCAAAAAUGCGAGGAUAAUUCAAUUGUUCCAUUCGCAUUUCUACCGUAUUCAACUCAUCUAUGUCAACCGCUUGAUGGGAAGCCCUUUUUGAAUUAUAAACAGCAGUUUCGGCUUACGAAUAAUGAGCUAUCGUUCUGGGGUGGUCGACCGUAUGGGAAAUCGGAUUUUCUACGGAUUAUCGGGCCAAUUCGCGAAAAGGCCUUUCAUCCGCGAAUUAUUCGUCAAUCUUUCAAAGAGCGUGGUAUUUACCCAGUGAAUGGUAGUCAAAUCGUGGAUAAUCUCGCGAAUCAGCAGCAAGAUCCUCCUACUCUAUACGCCCCGGAGCUUCGGUCGUAUAUUCGUACGCCAUCUCCAGAAAUUCUAUCUUCUAGCGUGGAAAAUAGCCCUCCUACUACUAUUGAAGCGCUAGAGAGGAAUCAAGCGAAGAUAUUACGAGAUAUCCAGAUAAAUUCAGCGAAGGCUCAGCGAAAUAUUGUCAAAAAUUUCAAACACCAGCUGGAUAAGCUAGAGGAGCUUGCUAUGACGCAGGAUUCACUUCGGCGCGUUCGGGCUGCGCAAGACCCCCAACGUCGAGUAUAUACUAAGCGGCAGGUUAAACCGCUUAGCCAGGAUGGUAUACUAAAGCCUCGCGAUGCGAAUCGGUCAAUUCGCGAGAGGAAGGAGAAGGAGAACGCUGCUCAGGAGAAGAAGCUUGAUAAGCAGUUCGAAUUUGUGCAUGGUUAUAAACCCUCGAAGCGCACCAAAGAGAGUAUUCAGAAGGCAAUUGAUAAUGAGAAGGAAGCAAGGGAGAAAGGAGAGCUCUUCUAUAUAGGUUAA